UUCAGAACAGUAGUGUUCCAUUCUCCAGGAGCUACUCCGCUGAAACCUCUGAGCGAUCGGAAAGAAUUUUAUUUACUCAGUAAGGAUACACACAAAGUCAAUGUGAUCUCAAGGUAUGAGGGUUUAGGAACAUUUAUUGAAGUUUAAACCUACUUUGAAGAGAUAUUGGGACAGCUAUUAACUUGUGUAGAGCCCAGCAUAGAGACUUAAAGAGCACAAAAUUGACUCCUUUGAGAAGAGAGAAGGAUAAAGCUAGGGAUAAGGCUCGAUUGGGAAGUCUUGAGAUGAGAAAUAAUUUGAAUCAUCUUGGGAAACUACAGAAUCAAUCUGGAGAUAUCGAAACAUUAUUGUAUAAUUUUAAAACUCCAUCUGAAAGCCUUACCAAAUUCAUAUCACCUAUAACAAAAUCAUACUCCAAAGCAGGGAAAAGCACCUGAAUUACUCCAAGUGAUCAACCUGACCUUGAAAAAUCAACUUUUUCUUCCCAAAAUCCCUACAAUACCUCCUCUUACCAAAGCCCUAUUAUAAAGCGUACUUGCUCUCACAGUAUAACGCGGCCUUUAAACCUCUCCUCAAAGAUUGCCAAGCUUCACCAAAAAUAUCUAAGAAGCCCAACAGAAAGACAACUGUCAGAUGUUAUCAAUCAACAGUACAUUGCCUUCUUAGAGAAGAAAGAACUUUCAUGUAAAAAGGAUCAGUUCAAUAAAAGCUGAAAGAUUUAUAUCAAAUAACAAAAGAAAUCAUAAGAGGAACCAGAGUGAGAUCCACAAUCCCAAGGACCAACAAUGGAUGGAGCAUGUUUUGUCCAAGACUUGGCUUAAGAUUCAUUCAAAAGGUUACUAUGAUAGCUUUGAAAACAACCAAAUUCCUUCUAAGGAUAUACAGAAAGAACCCCGACUAAAGCCACGAGAUCCUUAUUUUGACAAGACUAAGAAAAUUCCGCUGCCUUAUGAUAAGUUUUCUUUUAAAACAAGUAAGAUCAAGAAGGUACUUGACCGUGACAAGUCCUUCUUUAAAGCGAACUAUGGAUCUCCUCUGUUCGAUAACUCAACCCUCAUGAAAUAUUCUGAGAAUAAAUAACAAGUUUGCCAAUGCUCUUAGAAAAUAUUCGAAAAAUCCUAGAUCAGCUCCGAAUGAAGAGUCUACAGGAAAUGAGAAUAUUGUAAUCGAGAAUGAAAAAGUCCCUGUUGAACUGAAGAGAGGGAAGACUUUUGUACAAGAGAAGGAAAUAGCGAAAUAUAACACCAAUAAGGUUGACAUCAAGUUUCUCAACACAGAUACUGAAGUUCCUUUCAAGCUGCAGCCAUUUAGGACUAAAAGACCUUCACUAUCUUCUAUUGAACGAUUGAAGAAUAGGAUUACUUCAUUUCGCCCGAAUUGCAAACUAAAAGUUCCAAAGAGAAUCUACGGAAUUUCUAUAAAGAAUAAAAUUUUGAACAAAACAAAAAUUUUAAUGAAGAACAAAGAGGUUCAAAAUUAUACCACUAUCAAAAGCAGGCAAAGAAAUUUGAGAAGGAUUAACCAUCAGAAGAAGAACACAAAAUAUGAUGUUUCCAAGAAUCUGAACCUUGACUUAAUUAUUUAA